AUGUCUAGGUUAGAAAACCCAGUUUUCAAGAAUAGAGAUGUUCUGACGUUCAGUCUGCGUAUGCCCGUGGCAUCCACUUUGCCACGGCGCACUGUAAGAGACUUUAAAAUGAUGGACAUUCUUGAGCCUGAAUUAGUUUGGGUAGAAGGCAGGUGCUACAGAUUUUGUGACAAGUUCGCAUGGUCUCAAGGCAAAGAAAUUGCAUCUUAUGUGGAAGAAUCUUAUGAACCAGAUUAUGGAUCAAAUGAUGAAGAAUCUUGUGAUGCGUCAAUAGAAAUAGUUCCAUCAAGAGGAAAUCGUUAUAAACACAGUUUUCAUGUGAAUAGUAAUUUCUUUCGAUUUAUAAUUGGAGCCAAGGGAGCUACACUUAAACGAAUGGCAGCUGAUACGAAUACUCUUAUAUCAGUUCCUAAACUUGGUCAAGAUGGAGACAUAGUUAUCACUGGAGUGAGUAGAAGAGACAUAAUGGCAGCAAGGCGCAGAAUAGAUAUUUUAAUAGAAACCUCUAGAAGUAAAUUAGAGUUCACCCAUUUUGUUUCAAUACCUGGUAAUUCUGAUGAGAUAAAGGAAAACUUCAAGAAAUUUAAAGAUGAAAUUUUAAGAAAUUGUAGUACAGGUGUGAGGGGACUUAAGGAGGAGAUAUUUCAAAAACCUGAAAGGUUGCAUCUAACUUUGAUUAUGCUGGUUCUGUUAGAUGAAGAAGAUCGUAAAAAAGCUAUUGAAGUUUUAGAAAUAUGCAAAGAACAAGUAGUUAUUCCAACAUUAAAAAAGAAUGGACCAAUCACGAUAGAGUUCAAAGGAGUACAAAUAAUGAAUGAUGAUCCAAGUGAAGUGGAAGUUUUGUAUAUUCAAGCACAUGAUACUACUGGUUGUCUGCAGAAGAUAUCAGAUGACAUAGCUGACUAUUUUAUUGACCGCGGAUUGACAAGGAGACAGUAUGACAAAGUCAAAUUGCACAUGACAGCAAUGAAUUCUCAGUUCUUAAAACCAGAAAUACAAGAAUACCAUCGAAAACGUGAGACGUUUGAUGCAACGAAUAUAUUAAAAGUAAAUUCAACAAAUAUUAUGCAGAGUUCAAAAAAUCUUUCAAACUAG